CGGUGUCCUGCGGGUCUUUAUCCUCGCGUGCCUCCCGUCCUCGUGGCUUCCCAGUCCACGUUCUUUGUGUGUCUCAGCCACUGGCAGAUCUCCCAAAGAGGGCAUCAACUGAAAGCUUGACGAGAAGCACGCUAUUCAUCAAGAUCUCCUACACUUCCGUGCUGAUCUCGCAGCCGUCUGUCGAUCCUCUGAGAGUCGGUGGCCGAACCGAACCGAGAUCACCAAUUCUGAAGUUCUCUCCACGGCAAGGCGCCAGAAACAGCAGACAUCCAGACAUGGAUCCGUAUGCUCACGGUCCAGACGAGCUGGAUGACAUGGCGGAGAAAUUGAGCCGUCUGAGCUCGGGAACAUCCAGCCUGUCGCGCCAUGCGCCCGCACCCUCAGUGUCAUCAUCGGUCGAUGAACGGUACGAUGCGCGACGCAGAAUCCCGUCAGGCGGUAUGCCUGAAUCGCCCAGGUUUCCGGGCCAGGACGACGUCUUCCGCAUGCCCACUUACGACAUGGGGCAGCGGCCCGGCUCGGGGUCGAUGCAGCCUCCCGUCGUCCGCCAGUUUCACAGAAAAGAUUCUUACACUUCGGAACGACGCCCGUCCAGGGGCUCGUCGGCUGGCUACAGUCUCUACCCUGCAGCCUCCAAGCCGCAGCCGACCAAGCCACUUCCGCCGAUCCCGACGCUUGGCCGCCAGAGCUCGCGCCGCGCUUCAUCGCAACUGUCGCUGGACGGCACGGAUGUCGCAUCUGGAGACACAUCUCGCUAUUCGCAGUCGUCGAGGGGCAGCACGCUAGAGCGCGUGUCCACAUCCGGCAGCGGCACGACGCCGGCGUCUCCCGCGGCACUGGCAUCGCCGUCGGCAAUGCUUGGCGAGCCCCGCGCGCGAUCACAGCCGAUGCGACCACGGCACGGUUCGUCGAUCGUGAGUCUGGUACCGUGGAAGCAGCUUGCAGCGGCUAAAAACGAGAAGCCGCUCAAGGAGCCGUCGGUCUACUUCUUCGACAUCUCCACCACCUCGGCGACCCUGGCCAGCAAGCACGGCAACAACAUCAUCAGGAUAUGGUCUGUCGGCAGCGGCGAGGUGCAAAACACGCUCAAAAUCUCGUGCUACACCAACGCCGGGCCGCGCUCGCGCGAGUACUUUGUCCGCAGCCACGCCAUCCUCUCGGAGCCCUCCAACCUGAUCGCCAUCGCCACCGGCUUUGGCGACACCCUCGAAAUCUGGGACUGGGGCAAGAAGAAGCGCCUCCAGACCAUUGAAGACGCCAACCGCUGGGCCGCGGUUCGCUCCAACGUCAUGGAAGCCGGCUGGUGCCCGCUCGUCGCCUACCGCGGCGACGCCGACACACUCGACCUCUACGCGACCACCCACAACGCCAAGAAGCCCUUCAAACUCUCCCGCUCCAUCGACUUCCGCAAAGCCAACCUCCCCGUCCUCCCCAAGUACCCGGAGCUCGCGUUCUCCGCCACAGGACCCCUCCUGGUAACCGCGUCCGGGCCCCGCCCACCCCGCCUCGGCCACCCGCCUCCCGAGCGCGAAACCCUACUCGUGGCCUGGGAGAUCCACGAUUCUGCCCCCGAAAACACGCCCUACAAGGUCGUCGCGCCCUGGCAGCACGCUGAGCUCGACACGGCGCUCCCCUCGGGGCUCGCAACCUACGGCUCGGUGGCCGUCUCGAUCUGGAUCCCGGCCUCGUACCGCGCAGUGCCCGCGGUCCAGAAGGACGGACACAACGCUUUUAACCUCGCGCCCGUGGCAGUCCACCACCGCUAUGUCUUGGUGUGGGACUUUGCCGCGAGCUCGACCCGGACGUUCCGCAUCCCCAAUGCGACGUCGUGCGUCUCGCCUGACUGCAGGUUUGUGGCGUACUGCGAUGCGAGGGGCGUCGAGAGCGGGGCAAGGGGAUGUUUGGCGGUGGUGGAUGCCAUGACAGGGCGGAUGCUCUGGUGCUGGCCUGAUCCCGAGGCUGGGCUGAUGGAUCAGCAGGAGGAGGCGGGCGUGCAAGCGGCGCUGGGGGAUUUGAGCAAGGUGACGGAGAUGUGCUUCUCGGCGGAUGGGGGGUUCUUGUUUGUGGGGAAUGCGGAAGGCGGGAUUGCGGUAUUUGAGGUCAGGGAGGGGAGCGUGGGUGCUGGAGGCAGUGAUGCGGCCAGUGUGAGACUGACUGGGAGGUGAAGGGCGCCUGGAAUUUUCCAUGUGAUGAUUGAAGGUUUAUUGCGGUCCUCGGAAUAUCCUGGCCGUUUUGGCUGGUGGUGCUAAGGAGUCGGGCAGGAUGGAGUUGGGCGUUUUGGAUGGGAGAGGGUGAGCGGAUGCGUGUUUACAAGUGGCCUUGACCACUGCGACUACUAGUUACAUUGCCUAUUGUGUAGACCAUGACGUGCAUGUCAUGGUCUCAGUUCACAAUGUUAAUGCUACGAAUGAUACCC